UGCCGUAUGUUGUUGCCAUUCGCUCCCUACCACCGAGCAUGCAGGGGAAUUGCUUCUGGAAAAUUCAUUCGAACCACCAGCGCGCACAUACACACUGUCAGGUUGGGCGGCAGCAGCGCAAGAGAGCGUCACGGAACGCGCCGCCAUCGAUCGGCAAGAUUUGCACCUUUUGCUGCUCCUCGGGAAAAUUCCGCCCAAAAAGAAAAGUGCUUAAGCAUGAGUGAAAAGAAAAAAGACAAAAUUUGUGAAACGGGCAUGCGAACAUCGGGAAGGAAAAACGCUGCAGAAAGCAAACGGCUCCUGUGAUUGUGCGCCACUAUGCCAGGUCGGAAAAACCGUAUUGAACUGACAUUAAGGGGGGAUGAUGCUGAUGUCUACAUACCGCCAAGAUGGGAUGCUGUGUGUGUGUGUAUGUGCUGUUUAGUUUGAAACGGUGCGCACAAUAGAAGGGAGAAAAGUGUGGCCCGUGGUGGUAGUAGAGUGCCUCUGUUUAGUUCGUCCAUCCUUCCGUUCCGUCCUUGACCGACAUUGGACCGAGUUGCAGGUUGCAGGUGCAGAUCUCUGGAUGCACAGAACGCACAAAGCAAAGUGCAGCCAGAAGCAAGCGCAAAUUGAAAGAAGCCAUAUCGCGGCAGACAGCGGAAGCAAAAGCACCCGUUUUCGAAAAUGUUCUAGAAGCAUUGCUUCCUGCGCGUCGCCAGAGACACAACGGUAGCGCGGCCUGCGUGCGUAAUUAGAAGUGUGUGUGUGUGUGUGCUGGUGUGUGGAGUUGGUUGGCGCCGUGUGCUGUGUGCCCUCAAAAUGAAUAAGAUUGGUCGCAAUUAAUUAAAAGUUAAAGAAAAAUAGUUUUAAAAGUGCAUCGAGCAACGCGCCAUCAGUCGAAAAGUUGGUUGCGUUGAACGGAAAAGAAAGAAGCUGGUGGUGGUGGUGGCCUUUUUUAUUGGCGGCCAGCAUCAGACGGCCAGAUGGGUGACGAAUGGUCGCGUGCGAGAGGGGGUGGUGGUAGAUGCGCCAAGCGGUCCCGUUUCGAUCAGCAGUUCGAUGCCGAGUUCGGCCCUUCGGCAGUGACCAGCACGACAAGGUUCAUCGAUAUCCUAGACCAGCUGGACACGAAGGUGGAAUCGCUGCGCAAGGAGGCAAUGGUGCUGCGCGACAAGAAGGACUUUUUGGCGAUGUCGGUGGAUCUGCUCAAGAACAACGAAUACCUGUCCGGACUAAAUGAGAAUGAGCGUGAAGAGAUUGACUGUUACGUGCAGCGGAUCAGCAGCCGGCUUGGGACGGUCGAGCUGAACGUGUGCACGGUGCGCGACCAGGCGCAGGAAGAUUCGCUGCACCACGUCAACAGCCUGAUCGAUCUGAUCAUCGCGAGCGCCGACCCGGUAAUUUCGCGCCAAAAGUGCCAACAGUAUCUGAACGCGUGCAGCACCACCGACACGAGCGUGUACACGGACGUCGACCCGCACACGGUCUGUACGGACAAAAAGUUCGAGAGCGUCCUGCUCGGCUGCACGCUCGACGAUCAGAAGACGAUCAAGAAGCGGCUGCAGGCGCUGCUGGUCUACCUGACCCAGCAAACGAUCGUCCACUGAAGGAACAAGAAGAAGGGACAUGCUGGGACCGUGACCGAAACGCAAAUUGGGAGGGGGGAAGGAGGAUAAGAAACACAGCAGCGCAUGGGCGCAUAGCAUAUGGUACAACGGCUUGGAAUUCCGGUCAGGCAUACCUCGUUAGAGUGGGAAAGAUAGUGCGAAGGACGAGGGGGUUAAAGGUGUUCCAAAGGUAGGAAAAGGGAGGACGCACAUGGUGUUCGUUACCGCAUUGGCGAGGGAUAGCCUGCGUGUGUACCAUGUGCCUGCGACCGGGAAGCGCACGGGGUCUAAUUAAGCAGUUUAGACGGAGCCAUCGGAAGCUCUGGUAAAUCAAACAUAAUUCAUAACAAAAGCUUAUGCAAUCGCAGCACAAAAAACAUGCAGUAAAAUAAGGAAACAGAAGGGAUGAAUCAAUUCGCUUGAUUGGACCGGACGCACAGAGCGAACUUACGGUGGUAGAAUACCUGCUGCUUCUAGCAGUUGUCCGCUCCUGCUUUGUUAGAUUCCGGGGCACCUUUCUUUUAAAGUGACGUACAUUGGAUGCGUCACACACGAAGGCCCGCUGUUGCGCCGCUGCUAGAUUCCCCCCCAUCUAUGUUGGAAUGGAGAACGGGGGAGUAUGGGUGUUGUAAUUGUUUCUGCGCGCGUUUAAUUCUGUACUUUUUGUAAUUUUUCAUAAUUUUCCACUAUUUUAGCCAUUAUCUGUAGCAAUGAAAAGAAAAUGCGGCGUUGCGAAUUGUAACACGGCGAUGAUGAAAAUGAUUGCGUUUCCACGAUCCGAUGAAUUCUCCUCUUCAAUUCUGUAUUAAAUUAGCAGUUCUUUUUUAAUCAUCUCGGUCUAAACUAUUCCUUCAUUGAUCGAUACACAUCUUCCGUGCCAGUGAGUUUAACGUUCUUUCAGUGAGAAGCAUUUGCGAAGAAUGGCAAGGUUUUAGGUGGAACAUGAACCGUUUUUCCCAUACCAUACCAGUUUAGACGAAGAAAGGAACGGAAAUAGUACAUGAAUAGACUGAA